UCUAGUUUAGUGAGUGUUCAUAGUUACCGAGGAGCGCGUGCUAGACAGCAAGUCUUAAAUACUAGUCAAUUAACUCCGAAGUUUGUUAUUUGGACGCGUCGGAUCAUGAAGAACAUGACUUUUCGACGUGUUAAGGACAGCGGGACGGGCAGUGGGGAUAUUUACUUUUCCUCCUCCAAAUCGGAUAGUUGUAGAAGCAUGGAUGUACCCUCUGGCUCAUCGGACGUUUAUAAUUAUAAAACCUUGGCGUACUCCGGAGGGACACUGCCGAGAAACUUUAAGAAGAAUGCAGGACUACAGAAGUGGAAGCCCCUCACGCUGCCACCAGAGCCAGAACGGAAGACGGUCCUCCUGGAGAAGAAAGAGGAUGAAACGUUCGGCUUUGAGCUUCAGACAUACGGGCUGCACCACCAGGAAGAGAACUCUGUGGAGAUGUGCACGUUUGUCUGCAAAGUCCAUGAGGACAGUCCGGCAAAGCAGGCAGGCCUUAAAAUGGGUGACACCAUCGCCAGCAUCAACGAAACCUCCGUCGAAGGAUUUCGCCACAAGGACAUCGUCCAGCUCAUCAGAUCGUCCGGCAACAGCGUGAGGUUGGAGACUGUCUACAGUAACACUAUAAGGAAAGCAGAACUUGAAGCCCGCCUACAGUAUUUAAAGCAAACGCUGCAUGAGAAGUGGGAUGAGUACAGAUCACUGAUGGUGCAGGAGCAAAGACUUGUUCACGGCAUCGUGAUGAGCGACGUGGCCGUGUACGAGUCUCUAGAGUCGGCCGGUGUAUACGGAAGUCUGGGUGCUCCGAGCCCCCUGACCUCCCGCUCCCUCCGCUGCACAGGCAGCACCAACAGCAGCGCGAGCCACCUGAGCGAGGAUGACCCACUCUACCACACGUGCCUCUACCAGCCCAAUAACAUCAAAGGAGACGGCGAUGACGCCAGUGACGGCUCGGUCACCCUCGAGGAAAGGCCACAGCGGACACGUAACCGCCUGCUCCGGCCCACCAGCGAGUUCUUUGCCUCGGCCAAGACAUCGCUGAGCCGCAGCGCCAGCACACGCAGCUACCUGAGGGGCUCGUCGUCGUCGGCAUCAUCAUCGUCGUCCUCGGUGCCUGGUGGAGAAAAGCAGCAGCAGUGUGGCGCGUUCAACUCGCUGCAGAGGAAACCCAAACGCACAAGCAUCAGACGCAGGCUGCUCAAAUACAUCCCGGGUCUGAACCGAGCUCUAGAGGAGGAGGAGAGCAAACUGUGAAGGAGAAAAAAAAAAAAAAGACUCGCGCACAGCCAAAAACUGCAAUCUAUACACCAGGAACAUGCCUUCGAAUCAUAAAACUUAUAAGACACCAACUCUUUAUAAGAGAACAAGCAAAAAUGAGUCUAUAUAAAACAAUCUUAAUGGGAUAUGCCAUUUCUAAUGGGAACAUUUAUCCAUCUUCAGUUAUUAGAAAACACUUAGUGCUUACAGUAUAACUACUACAAAACAGACUUUUUUUUUUUUUUUUCUCACUAGAUCCCCUUUGUUAAAUGUGAAAUGUUGAAAAACUCUGUUCUGAAACUAUACUGAAGUUGCCUUUUGUUCAUUUCCUGUUAGUAUUUAUACUGUCGCAUACCAUUUUGAAUGACUUAUUUUCAAACAGACGUCACAAAGAACCAGGGGCGUACCCUUUAGUCAUUUAUACACGCAAAGAUUCAAAGACCAAAACUUAAGUCAUAGGGACCAAAACUCCCAGUGUACAAAACCAAAGCAACCACGAUGUGUUAAGUGUCUGCUUAUUUUCAGCACUCCACGUUACUCUGUGCAGUUAAAAACCUGCCAAUCAUGUGCAGUCAGUGAGCAGUCGUACUGUAUAUACUUAAAAAAAAAAUAAUUUAUUUAUUUAUUUUCAUUUGUUUUGUUUUUAUAUAUAUAUAUAUAUAUAUAUAUAUAUAUAUAUAUAUAUAUACAUACACACACAAAAUGAAGGGCUUUCAAUUGUGUUUUUUGUUUUUUUUAAUUCUGUGAUUUAAGGGCAUUUUUUUUGUUUGUUUUUUAAGUGUCUUUAUUUUUGGCAUAUAUUGUAUUCAUCCAUGUCUUUUCUACUCUGGGAAAAAAAAAACAACCCUCAAAAUAAAUGUGUGAUAUCA